UUAUAUAAUUGGAGAGGAGAGGAUUUGAGGUUGUUAAUAACUACAGUCCAUAAAUGUCAACAAUCAAUAGAUAAAGUAUAAAACAUGUCAUGACUCAUGUGGUGAGAAUCCACAUAUACAACUCUGUUGGCUAUGUGGCUGGGUGGAUUCCAGUACUGCUAGUCUUCCACCAUGGACGUCCAAUUCGCCAUCAGCACGGCACAGCCCCUUUACUACAUCAUAAAAAUCCCAACGUCUAAGGUUUUAACCAUCAAGACAAGAUGACAAUGGGGUCCAGUCCUGGUCCGUCGGUGGCUAGAACCCGUAAGGCCGUAACCCAACCACCGUUCUGAAAGGGUCAACAAGCCAGCUGGAAUUUUUGCCAAAGGGUAAUUUCGGAAUAAUGAGCUCAUUGACUAGACUGAGUCAAUCGCGUGUCGAUAUGGACCGCAAAUUACCUUCACAGCUGCCAAGUUUGAACUGUGAAGUGACUUGAAUCCAAAUCCACCAGACCCACCGAGCACCAAGCCACAUUACUACAAGUGUGGAGCAUGAAAGAGCAAGGAGCAGCUGGAGCUAUGAGAGACGUUAUUUCCACUUUACUACCAGUCUACCAGGAUUCUUCUCUUCUUUUUCUGUUUUGAGAUAUUAAUUUAUGAUGAAUGGAAGAAGCAGCAGCCAACAUGAUGAAUUACAUCCGCAGGACUCUUACUGGUAGUGCUAGUCCCAUCUUCUUUUUCUUCUUCGUCUUAUCCUGCUCUUCCCCAUUAUUUUGCGCAGCAAGAGAUACCAUAACUGCUGAUCAACCCAUCCUCGACGGACAACAAGGAGAAACUCUUGUUUCUGCCGGAGGCAGAUUCGAAAUGGGGUUCUUCACUCCUGGAAACUCUACCAACAAGCGGUACCUGGGUAUUUGGUACCAUGAUGUGUCGCCUCAAACAUUUGUAUGGAUCGCCAACAGAAACCGCGCAAUUCCAAAUAGAACUGGAGUUUUUACCAUCGAGGACGGAGAGCUCAGGCUACGAGAUAAACCCGGAGGAUACAUUCUUUGGUCCCCAACGAUGAAGGGUUCAACUACGUUGGUUAACACGACUGCUACGCUCUUGGAUUCUGGCAAUCUCAUCUUGACAGGAGGGGUUGAUGGUGGGCAGAACGGAAGUCUCGACCCAAUAUGGCAGAGCUUCGUCGAUGAUGUUGAUCACCCCUCCGAUACGUUUCUUCCGGGAAUGACGCUUGAAGGGGGACGAAUUCUAAGAGCAUGGAGCGACGAGAGCGAUCCGACUCCUGGAAGUUUCAGUUUUCAGCGCGAUGGUUCAACGUUCUACCAGCUCAGUAUCACCAAUGAAUCAACCAUCUACUGGAAAAGCGGCGGAUAUUUUAAUGCCCCCCCCGUUCCCAUCUUGGUUGUCAGUUUGCUAUCCAAUUUCAGUUCCACUGCUAACAGAUCCACUAAUAACACAAAAAGUUGGUACAGAAAUAUCAACAAUGACUCCACGAAACCCGAUUACACAACGAGACUGGUGAUUGACCCAUCAGGUCAAAUCAAGUAUCUUACUCUAAAAGACGACGUCUGGAAUUUAGUAUGGUCGGAACCGAACGAUAAAUGCAGUGUUUACAAAGCUUGUGGUGCGUUUGGUGUCUGCAACAACGAAAAUAAGCCGACCUGUACGUGUUUGCCUGGGUUCGAACCCCAAAAGCCGGAGGAAUGGGGUUCCGGCAAGUAUUCAGGCGGGUGCAAGAGGAAAACAGAAGGAUGCGGGAAUGUCUUCAUCAAUUUGAACAUUGUAAAAGUUAAAGGACCAGAGUCGUCGUAUGCAGAUGCUAAGAAUGAGAUGGACUGUAAGCAAGAGUGCCGUGAUAAGUGCUGCAACGCUUACUUCUUUGAGCCUCCCCUGCGCCCCGAUAUCAAAGGCAAAGCUAGUUCGUGUUGGAUAUGGAGUGAGGAUGAGAAUAUAAAGGACCUUCAGGUAGAUUAUUCCGGCGAUAGCAGACGGAAGCUUCACAUCCUCGUGUCUUCUUCCGAUUUAGAGCUUCCCGGAAAAGAGUGCGAACCUUGUGGCAGCAGCUUGAUCCCCUAUCCUCUAAGCACAGGAACUAACUGUGGUGAUCCUGCCUACUUCAGUUUCUACUGCAAUAAUUCCACAAACCAACUUUUCUUCAAUGCAACCAAGACUACUUCCUAUGCAGUUGCUGCAAUAAAUCCGGAGACGCGAACAUUCUUGAUCCAACCACAUGAAACGCUCUGUGGAUCCCAGAGAUCUUUCGACAAAGAUCUACGCUUCCCUAAUACAUUUUACCUGACCAAUAGCAAUACUUUACUCUUCUUAAAUUGCUCCGGUCAUGUAGUACCACCGUCAUUCAAUUGCACCUCCUCCAACCCCUGCUAUAGAUUUAUGAAGGAAACACCAAGUUGUCUUAAUUCAGAGAGAUGCUGUAGCUACACAAGUGGAAAUUUGUCUUCUAAUUUGAAUGGCCUUAGUGUUUUAAGCAAUGAAUGCAGUGACUACACAGGUAUUGUCAAUUCUUAUAUUUCUUCACCUGUGAGUAGUUGGGUUGAGGGAAUGGAGAUUGGGUGGAAACCACCAGCAGAACCACCAUGUCACUCAGACUCAGACUGCAAAGACUGGCCAAGUUCAAAAUGUAGGUUGAGGGAGACAGCUACCAGAGACCGAAAAAGAAGAUGCUUUUGUAAUCCCAACUUUCAUUGGGAUCCAUUAACUAUGAGUUGCAUUAGUCCUGGUGUUGCAACACCCAAGGAACCAGAUCAUUCCGCUUCAUCUGCGAAACGGCGUUAUUUGACAGUCUUUAUAUCAAUUGCAGCUGGGGUUGUUUUGUCUUGCACCGUUAUUUUUAUUUGUUGUCUAAGAAGGAUGGCAAAAACAAAAGGUCACCGGGAAAGGGAAAACUCUGCCUUUCAAUUAGCUGCAUUAGGCCAACAUCCUACAGACAUAAUAAAUCCAGACAAGUUCGGAAAAGAUGAGAAGAGAGGCAUAGAUGUACCAUUUUUUCAUUAUAAAAGAAUAGCUGCUUCUACUGAGAACUUCUCUGAUUCAAAUAAGCUUGGAGAAGGGGGCUUUGGGCUUGUCUACAAGGGUCAAUUACCAGGAGGUCAAGAAAUAGCAGUAAAGAGGCUUUCCAAGAAUUCUGGACAAGGGCUAGAGGAAUUCAAAAAUGAGGUUUUAUUGAUUGCCAAACUUCAACACAGGAAUCUUGUCAGACUUUUGGGUUAUUCUGUCAAAGGAGAUGAAAAAAUGCUACUCUAUGAAUACAUGCCAAACAAAAGCUUGGAUUCCUUCAUCUUCGAUCGAACACGCCGGUUACUAUUGAACUGGCAAAGACGCUUCAACAUCAUACUGGGAAUUGCUCGCGGACUCCUUUAUCUUCAUCAAGAUUCUAGGUUGCGAAUAAUUCACAGGGAUCUGAAGACUAGUAAUAUUCUUUUAGAUGAGGAGAUGAACCCCAAAAUAUCAGAUUUUGGAUUGGCAAGGAUUUUUGGAGGAAAUCAGAUUGAAGCUAACACCAACAGAGUAGUGGGAACAUAUGGAUAUAUGUCUCCAGAGUACGCCUUGGAUGGUUUUUUCUCCAUUAAAUCUGAUGUCUUCAGCUUUGGAGUCGUUUUACUUGAAAUUAUCAGUGGGAAGAAGAACACGGGGUUUUAUCAGACAGAUAAGUCAUUGAGCCUGCUUGGAUAUGCAUGGAAGUUGUGGCAGGAAGACAAGGCGUUGGAUUUGAUGGACAGGUCAUUACGUGAAUCAUGCAAUACAUGCGAAGUUAUGAAGUGCAUCAAUGUUGGGCUCCUCUGUGUACAAGAAGAAGCAGAUGACCGACCAACUAUGUCAAAUGUUGUUUUCAUGCUAGGCAGAGAAACAGCAACACUUGCAAUUCCUAAACAACCAGCUUUCAUUGUGAAGAGAGUCCUGUCUAGUUCAACUUCGUCUUCUUCUAGUAGACGACAAACAAGUUCUAAUAAUCAGCAGAUAACAAUAACCAUGGAAGGACGAUAGCAGAAGGCUUUCUGUCAAAUGUAAAAGUUUUGAUUAUUUGUCUCAGAAUAAAAUCAUACUUUCACGCAUUAUACCACAGUCACUUUCAAACCAACCACAGCACAAGAACAAGGAGGAAUGCAAAGGAUUUGGAGUGUAAAGUCAGAUACAGCUAAUUCUCGGCCUAAUCUUUACCACCAUGGAAGAAGUCAGCACCGACUUCUUUAGUCCAUUACAAACCCGACUUAAAAUUUUGGUUUUCAAGGGACCCACGUGAAUCAAUUAAAAACCAAAUUUUUUUUGUUAAACCGCCUCUGUAAGGUGGUUAAUUCAUGUAUAAAUAGGGGCUCACCCCCUUUUAAACAUGCAGUAAAAAAAAUUCCCAAAUUAAAUGGUAAGAGUGGUGUGGAGGAGUCUUUUGGUGUAUUGCCUCCGAGUGAGUAUAAUUUCAAAGUUAAAAUAGUGCACAUGUAUGAUACAUUGUAUAUAUAUGUA